AUGUCAGACACGGAGGAGGUCACCGAGGAGUAUGAGCAGGAGCAGGAAGAGGAGUGCGUGGAGGAAGAAGAGGAAGAAUGGAUAGAGGAAGAUGACGGUCAGGAGGAGCAGGUAGAGGAGGUGGAGGAGGAGAGCACAGAAGCCAAGGCAGAAGAGCAAGAAGAUGAAACGAAAGCAGCAGGAGAAGGUGGAGAGGGAGAGCGGGAGCAGGAGCCCGGGGAAGGGGAAUCGAAGCCAAAACCCAAGGUCUUCAUGCCCAAUCUGGUGCCCCCCAAGAUCCCAGAUGGCGAGAGACUGGAUUUUGAUGACAUUCACCGCAAGCGCAUGGAGAAGGACCUGAACGAGCUGCAGGCCCUCAUCGAAGCCCACUUUGAGAGCAGGAAGAAGGAGGAAGAGGAGCUGCUGUCCCUCAAGGACAGGAUUGAGCAGCGGCGAGCGGAGCGGGCGGAGCAGCAGCGGAUCCGCAGCGAGCGGGAGAAGGAGCGCCAGGCCCGCAUGGCCGAGGAAAGAGCCCGCAAGGAGGAAGAGGAGGCGCGGAAGAGGGCGGAGGAGGAGGCGCGGAAGAAGAAGGCGUUCUCCAACAUGCUGCACUUUGGGGGAUACAUGCAGAAGUCAGAGAAAAAGGGUGGCAAGAAGCAAACAGAGCGGGAAAAGAAGAAGAAGAUCCUCAGUGAGCGACGGAAGCCCCUGAACAUCGACCACCUCAGUGAAGACAAGCUGAGGGACAAGGCCAAGGAGCUGUGGCAGAACAUCCAUGACCUGGAGGCUGAGAAAUUUGACCUGCAGGAGAAAUUCAAGCGGCAGAAAUAUGAGAUCAAUGUUCUUCGAAAUCGCAUCAGUGACCACCAGAAAGUCAAAGGAUCCAAGGGUGCCCGUGGGAAGACCAUGGUGGGCAGCCGAAGGAAGUAG